UAUACGAAAAGCUCAAGGGAAAGACGACCGCCUCAACGGAAGGAAGUUCGUCUGCCUCAGAAGCGCGGCCCGCCACACCGCAGACACCAGCAGCCAAUGCUCCAGCACCUGGAGGACCAAACAAAACCGAAGCAGAGCGUCUGAAAGGUCUGGGCAACGAGGCCAUGAAGAAGAAAGACUACGACAGCGCUAUUAAGCACUACACCGCCGCACUCGAAGUCGUUCCGCUCAAUCCCAUAUACCUCUCCAACCGCGCUGCCGCAUACUCAGGCCAGGGCAAGCACGAGCUUGCGAAAGAAGACGCCGAAAUGGCAGUCGCUGCCGAUCCAAACUACUCCAAGGCCUGGUCGCGCCUCGGCCUUGCAAAAUAUGUCUUAGGCGACGCAAAGGGUGCUAUGGAGGCAUACAAAUCGGGCAUGGACGCCGAAGGUGGUGGUUCAGAAGUCAUGCGUAAAGGUUACGAGACAGCGAAGAAGAAGUAUGAGGAGGAGGGCGGUGAUGUUGGUGCACCUGAUGAAGAUACACCUCGAGGCGCGCCUGGCGGUGGUGGCAUGCCCGACCUGAGUUCGCUGGCUGGUAUGCUAGGUGGAGGUGGUGGAGGGGGAGGUGGUAUGCCCGACCUGGCUGGUCUCAUGCAGAACCCGAUGAUGAGGCAGAUGGCACAGAAUCUUAUGAGCAACCCGGAUAUGAUGAGCAAUCUCAUGAAUAACCCGAGGAUAGCAGAGAUGGCACAGCAGUUUGGAGGGCGUGGAGGUGGAGGAGGUGGAGGAGACGGCGGCGGCGGUGGUGGUGGGAUGCCCAAUUUGCAGGAUCUUAUGAGUGAUCCAAAUUUGGCUGACAUAAACUUCAUGGGUGGAGGCGCUGGAGGAGGUGCUGGUCGAGGUGCUGGUCGAGGAGCGCCACAAUAAAGUGCUAACGUGAGAGACAGAGACGGCAGUAGUACAUAUGCGGAACUGGGUAGCAUCCGCAUGGAUUGAGUAGUCGACGUAUCACGACUAGAUCUAUGAUACCAUGUUCACUUCCAGUAUGAAUAUGCUUGAUACCAAGUCUGCGAGCUAAUCUGUCCUACUCAUCUCG